UCAUACAAACAAAUUAAAUUAAACCAUCACCAUCAAUCACCAAAAGAAAAAAAAGAAAAGAAAAAAGAUGCCUGCUACGUGUUCGACGAAUGUCCCAGCUGAAAUCGUGUUCUUCGAUUUGGAAACAACAGUGCCCAACAAAGCCGGACAAAGAUUCCACGUCCUCGAAUUCGGCGCGAUUGUUGUCUGCCCGAGGAAACUCGAGGAGCUGGAAAGCUUCUGCACCCUCAUCAGGCCCGGCGACUUAUCGGCGGUGGGCCUGAAAUCUGGCCGGACCGACGGAAUUACCCGGCCGGCGGUGGCGGAGGCGCCGCUUUUCCGGGAAGUAGCCGACAGGAUAUUCAAGAUUCUUGAUGGAAGAAUAUGGGCAGGGCACAAUAUUCAGAGAUUCGAUUGUGUUAGGAUUAAGGAAUCUUUUGCUGACAUCAACAUGCCGGCUCCGGUCCCGAUCGGGAUUAUUGAUUCUUUGGGAGUUCUGACAGAGAAAUUCGGCAGGAGAGCGGGAAAUAUGAAGAUGGCGACGCUGGCGUCGUAUUUUGGGCUUGGCCAGCAGAAGCACAGGAGCUUGGAGGAUGUUAGAAUGAACUUGGAAGUGUUGAAGCAUUGCGCCACCGUGUUAUUUUUGGAAUCAAGCCUUCCUCCUAAUGCAAUGAAUGGAAAAUGGCAAAGCAUCCCCAAUGUUACAACAAGAAGCAGAAGCUUAUUGCAAUCAGAAAACAGAGGGAAAUCGAUAUGCCGGGAAGAAAUGACGAGCCGAAAAUCGCCUCCUUCGACUUCUGCAGCAAAUCAGAGGGCAGUCCCUUAUGCUAAAGAAAGUAUUGGAAAGAUGACAGCUAGGGUGAAAAAUGUAAUUUGCAACGGCAAUUUGUUGAAGCAUACUCGGUCACUUAUUCGAUGAUAAAAAAAAGUCGUCGAAGAGAAAGAAAAUCGAGCCAUUUCUUCACGAAAGCAAAAGCUCGAGAUAUUCCGAAAUUUGGCUGCUUCAUUUAGCUAUGUGGCAGAGGCUUAAAAAGAAGAUAGCUAGAUAACAAUGUUUAUAAUUUAUAUAUAGUUAUAUAUUUUCUUAUUUCGUAGCUUCCCAUUCAUUAAUUAAUUUAAUUCAUUCAUUUAAUAUAUUGUGUAAUUGAAGAUGGCCUUUGAAUUUAUUUGUUUGGCUUUUCCUCCUUGGCACUCUUUUCAAUUGGUGGUGACAA